AUGGAGGACAGAGUGGGCUGCCCAUCUGUUUUUGUCGUGGACGUGCCACAGAGGGAUGUCCCCUUUGUGCCACCCGUGCGGAAGACCCAGAAGAAACGGCCGUAUGGCCAGCUGCUGCUGGGAAUCUUGGUGCUGCUGGCGUUGGCUGGUCUAGCCAUAGAAGCUUAUUUCCUUCUCUGCUUCCGCAAGGAACUGGACAAAGCCACAUCACAGGUCAUAUCAAGUGCACAGAGAGCAAGGGGCGAUGGGGAGUGGGAAGAAGAACGUGGAGGGUGGCUCUGGGUGUGGAUGUUGAAUAGUAAGAACGAAUAGAAGCUGCAAGGAUGCCUUGUGCGUUGAGGGGUUAGAUGCACUUUGUUUGUUGGUUUGUUUGUUUGUUUGUUUGUUUGUUUGUUUGUUUCUCAUUGGUUGAGAUGGUAGAGAAUUUUGUCUGGGUGACAUUUUAAGCACUGACCUAAUUCACCACCUCCUGGAGAAAUAUAUGAAUCAGAAUGUAAAUUAUGCUUUGGAUUUUUCUCUUCUCUGAGUUUUGUGAUACGGAUCUCCGAUUCCAUCUUUAAAAGAUAUGCCAAUUAAUCCAGAAAUGAAACGGAACAGGCUUAUGAAUAAACACAUGGCAAAAAUUGACACAGAGCAGAGUAAUGUAAAGAUCUCUAGUGAGGAUAUUGUGUAUGUAGAGUCAGCCCAGGUUUUAUGUAGGAUUAGUGUUAGGGUUAUGGUUAGGAAUCAGGAUGCGGGGCUAGAUUAUCCUUUGGUGUGAUCCAGUAUUGCUAUUCCUAUGCUCUUUUGUUUGUGUGGAUUGUGGAUUAUGUACUUAGCGUUCAGUUCAGUGUGUGUGAGAGAGAGAGAGAGAGAGAGAGAGCGAGAGAGCGAGAGAGAGAGAGAGAGAGGAGAAGGAUGCAUGCUCAGGUACUAUGGGUGCAAUUAGGUUUUUCAGGAACAGUUUCUAUGAGACAAUGCAAAAGUUAGCUUUUAAGAUCUGAAAUGCUUUGCAUUGCACAGAAUGUCAGGUAGCUAUAGAUACAGUAUAAAUAACCAGCUGAACCUCAGACCAGUUCAUCUGAAGGAUUUAGAGUUGAAAGUUGAUUGUGGUUUCAUUUAAAAACAUGCAGCUGCUCUUAAAAAUGAAUUUCACUUUCUUCCAACUUACCAGACUAAAUAGCAUAUGAACCUUCCUUCCUUUAAUGAUACCUUAUGCAGAAAGACAAAGGGAUCUCCUAACUUAGAAGGCCUGGGGAUGUACAUGGAGUGUGGAAACUAAUAAUUCUCUCACACUUCAUCUCUCACAUCUUCAUGUGCUUGGAUGCUCUGUGCCAAGAGAGAAUGGCACAGAUUUUAUUGUGCUUAUUUUGGUAUACUAAAUUCUCUGGAAACAGGGAAGCAACUAAUACCUGUGGCAAUAAGGAGGGAUGUUGUAAAUUGAGCUUUAAGAAUGCUCCCCACAUGGAGACCUCGGGUGCAAAACUCUGAGCACUGCCAGAAUUCUCUCUUCCCCUUGGGUGAGUGAGACUGGACUGUAUUGUAUCCACUAAAAUAAAUAUACUAACAACGUUGUUAAUUCAUUAUUUCCAUCCUAGAAAGCAUUAUUUCCAUCCUAGAAAGCUGCAACUUGCCCCUAGCUUCUAAGUGCAUAUAGACUGGAUGCACAUGAAGCAAACUUCCCAUAGGUGCAGCUGGGGCCGUCCCUGCCAUGAGGCAGAAUGAGGUUGCUGCCUCAGGCGGUAGAUACUGAGGCACAGGGAAUGAGCAGAGCUUUGUAUGACCCCCUAAGCUAGGCCACAUUCACACCAUACAUUUAAAGCACUGUGACACCACUUUGAGCAGUCAUGGCUACUCCCAAGAAUUCAGGGAGCUGUAGUUUGUUAGGGGUGUGGAGACUUCUUAGGAGACCCACAUUCCCAUCACAGAGCUACAAUUUCCACUGUGAUUUUAACUCUCAAUCCCUCUUCACAGGGAACUCUGGGAAUUCUAGCCACAGGAGAGAAUAGGGGUUUCCUAGCAACUCUUAGCACCCUUCACACGUCACAGUUCCCAGAAUUAUUUGAGGGAAGCCAUAACUGUCCAAAGAGGUAUGACAGCUCUUUAAUGGUGGGCUGACGCCAUCUUGUCGUUGGCCUCAGGCAGCGUAAUUUGUUCAAGAUGAUCCAUCUGUGGUUUCUGCUCUUUUUCAUGCCAAAUAUGUUUUCCAGGAAGGAUGUCUGCAAUAUCUGAAGUGGCCCUACAUUCAUAUAUGUUUAUAUUACAGACUUUUCACAGAAACUGAAGAACAGCCAUUCCCGAAUUAUUAUUUUUUAAUAGAUUCCAGGUGUAUGUAAGAGAAGCAGUGGGAGAAGGUAGGAAGAUGUGAGGUCCAAACUGUGAUUCAUUCGCUUACUAUGUCUAUCUAGCAUUGGUUUCCCGUAUACUGAUGAAAAACAAAUAAUUCCGUGAGAAAUAUUUCAGAGAUGGGACCUCUGUCAGCACUAUAGUUGUUCAGACGUGAGUGGAAUGCUUUUUCAGACAGCUUGACUGGAAAUUGACUUCUGGAUUUUAUUUUUUCCUUUUUUAAAGGGAUCUGCAGAUGCAACAUUUGAGAAAUUUGUACAAGGUAAGUUUGUCUUGCCCUUUAUCUAGAGCCUUUUGGUGCUCCUGAGGCAUUGCUUUUCUGCAGUUAGCUAGAAGUGGAAUUAAAAGUUUCACACAGUAUAUUAACGUAGCGGCAUAUUAUCCAGCAAAUCCCUUCCCCGUGGUCAUAAUGAUACAAUAGUGUCUUCUCACAAGUAGAUAUGAGAUCAGCAACUAAUUCUGUCCCAUUUCAGUCAAACUGGCACUCAAACAUAUGUCUAUUCUAUCUCAUUUUGAACUGAUUUUUUAAAAAUGCACAAUAAGUGUGCAAUUAUAUUGUACACUUUUUCGAUACACUUUUUACACAAAACACUACUUCUCAAACAUAAAACAUGCAGUUCUCAAAAUUAAGAUAUACACCUCUCAAAAUAUGUACUUCUAAAUGCUUUGGAAAGCACUCAUUCAUAAAAUAUGCAACUUAAAUAUAAAACAUGUAUCUUGUUUGUGCUUUUCCAAACUGAAACCACAUUGCAAAAUCUGAGGAAGUCUUUAAUUCAGCUGGGAGUUGCAUUCCACAGGCAACAUUAUUGAGUCAGGAUGGUGUGCUGUGAAAAGUGGACCAAAUACGCUCCUCCCUCAUCCCUGCUCACAAGUAAUUUCCAUGCAACAAAAUUGAUUUCCAAUGCUAAUUUGCGAGUGUAACCCAUUUUAUUGUAUCUCUGCUUAGUGAGGCAGAGAAAAGAAUGCUGAAUUGUCCCUUAUCUGAUUUUGUUCAGAUUCAGAUUUGCAGUGUGUGCGAUUCAGAUUCAGAUUACCAGUUUCUUUCCAUUAUUUCCUUCCUUCCUUUCUCUUUUAGUGUGAUUUUGCAACAAAAAGAAACUAAAUAAGAUCCAACUGACCUUGUUCACCAGCAGUUCACUAGGGUAGCAAAACAACAACAACCUACUAACAUUCCCUCUCCUCUCAGUCACUACUGUACUUUCUUUGAUUAUAUGCUAUUUCACCCAGUGCCCGAUUUACAUAUAAGCUAAACAAGUUAUAGCUUAGGGCCCCACUCUCUUGCCCCCCCCCCCCAAUAUCCUUCUUCUUAAUUGUGUUUCACUAUUAAUAUACUUCUUCUUAAUUGAAUUUCAGUUCAACAAUUACUUUGAUAAAAUACAUAUUUUGUUAUGUGCAAAUGGCUUUAGGUACCUAUUUGGUUCAUAAAUGACCAUAUAGCAUAUAUUCAACACAAGAAACAGCGGCAAUUUGUUGUUGACAAAGGACAGCUGGACAUAUAAAGGGCCCCAUUACCUUCAGUAGCUUAGGGCCUCAUCAAACCUAAAUCCGGCCCUGAUUUUACCCCUUCCAUACUAUAAGGGAAUGUUGCAUAACCCAUUUGUGGAAUUAAUUACAAUAGCUUAAUUAUAGCCACAGAUAAAUGUAGUGUUGGUGUGUGUAUCAAGGUCUGUAAAUCAAAGAUGAAGGAAACAUUGAAACUUGGAAGUGUCCGCAGGUACCUCAUUCCCUGCUUUCGACUAACUGAAACCACAAUACACAUUUAAUCCCAGCUAUAAAUAGCGUUGGAUUUUAAAACUGUUGUGUGGUCAUGCAGAGGUUUCUCUCACAUGAAGAAAUGUAAGAUUCAGAUUUGUUUAUUUGAACCUGAUCAUCAGACUAGCAUAAAGUAAGACUUUGACAGUGUUCCAGCUCACAUUAGAGGGCCGCAAGUCCAAAUGAAAUUACAUACAACCUAAACAAAUGUCAAGGACGCGGGUGGCGCUGUGGUCUAAACCACAGAGCCUAGGGCUUGCCGAUCAGAAGGUCAGUGGUUCGAAUCCCUGCGACGGGGUGAGCUCCUGUUGCUCGGUCCCUGCUCCUGCCAACCUAGCAGUUCGAAAGCACGUCAAAGUGCAAGUAGAUGAAUAAGUACCGCUCCGGCGGGAAGGUAAACGGCAUUUCCGUGCACUGCUCUGGUUUGCCAGAAGCGGCUUAGUCAUGCUGGCCACAUGACCCAGAAGCUGUACGCCGGCUCCCUCGGCCAAUAAAGCGAGAUGAGCACUGCAACCCCAGAGUCGGUCACGACUGGACCUAACGGUCAGGGGUCCCUUUACCUUUAAACAAAUGUCAAACAUUGAAUUUCCCUGGCAAAUCACAACCUUCCCCUUUAAAAAUCUGGACCCUAACAUAUGUUAAAAUAAAUAAAAUGUACACAAACCUAAAUAAAACAAUAAAUAACCUGAAUAAAUUAAAAGUGUGAGGUAGCUUCUUUAGUGAUACGUCGUGGGCCCUUCGAUAAAGCACCUGGCAUUUGUGGGGGUCUUUCCCCUUGACUGUUUUGCACCUGAGAUGGAUGUUUGGCUUUGCAAACCUCUUGCGUGCCAAGGCCCCGUGCCCUGCAGUUCUCCAUUCAUUAAUAACACAGAGGCACCAGUAUUUUAGGAUUAUGGGCUAAAACAGGCCACAACUUUAUUGGUUACAGAUGCACUUGGGCAUUGGGUGAAACCAGGCAACAUCUUGACUCCUGUAGGGAGUGGAACUAAGGGUAAAUCACCAGAAGGGGGAGCCCUAUGACCUACAUCAAAUAGGGGCACCCCAGGGAUCCCCAUUGGCGUUGUGGACAGGAUCCACACCCCCAGAUCCCUUUAACAGGAUACCCUUUUCGAGGAGGGGCAGGCGGAGGCUACAACCUCCCUUCCAUUAAACAAAGGCUUAACCCAAUGCCUAACCUUACAAAGUUGUGAGGAUUGCUACAAGUAGGCGAAAACCAAAUGGCAGGUGCCAAUUCGCCAAGUGGAAAAAUUCCUACCCAGCCCCAACAAUAAGGCGGCCGACAUUUGUCCAUAGCGAGGUCGUGUCAAACCAAAGCUUAAAAAGAGGGUGGGUGGGUUGGGAGGUCUGACAAAGAGGUGAGAGAUUGGAAGCCCCUGGCUGCCCACGGUUUAAAACACCUGCGGCCACGCCCCCCGCUGGCAUAGAUUGGCUGGGUAGGGGUGACGCAGCUGGAGUUGGUGCAACGGGGUAUCAAUCGCCCGCCCCUGAGUUGGAUCAUGGCCAGGGCCAAAGGCCUAGCCGCAACACCACCCACCACGAAAGGUGAGCAGUCCUCUUAAGCAGGGCAAUCCUUCAUCCCAUGGGCCAAGCAAAGCUCAACAAGGAUUCUGAUUGGCCCGUGAGGUCAAAAACCCCAAGACAUCUGCCCUACACCUUUCCUACACUUUGGGAGUUCUCAAGUGGAACCAAUAUCUUCUGCCAUCUGCUCGGUUCAGCUGCAUUUGGGAGUUUUGAGUACAGUGGUACCUCGGGUUAAGAACUUAAUUCGUUCUGGAGGUCUGUUCUUAACCUGAAACUGUUCUUAACCUGAAACACCACUUUAGCUAAUGGGGCCUCCUGCUGCUGCCAUGCCGCUGGAGCAUGAUUUCUGUUCUCAUCCUGAAGCAAAGUUCUUAACCUGAGGUAAUAUUUCUGGGUUAGCGGAGUCUGUAACCUGAGGCGUAUGUAACCCGAGGUACCACUGUACUGUAUAGCCUUUCCCUCCUGAAUGUGAAACUUUUAGCGCUGAUGGAAGCCCCACUUUCAGCAGGCCUUCUCUCUUUACUGCCUGGCUUGAGUCCAAAGGAAAGGUUGCUGGCCUUGCCUGGCCUGUCUGAAGCCAGAGGCAAGCACAGGCUGAGGAACGGGAUCUGACUGGUGGGCUGGAUCCUGAACUCCCACCACCACCGUAGGGACAGUUUAUGGGUGGGGCCACUGACGUAUCCAUCACCUGAUGUCACCUUAAUGCCAGGUAACUCAACUUCAAAGGAAAGAGUCAUUUCUUCCUUUGCAGGUGUGGCAACAUCCAUCGAGGUGUUGGAGGAUAGAACUGUAAAUGCUACACAGUCUCUUCUAGACACUCUAAGGUGUGGAGGAAGAUGCUAUAUUAUCACAAGUGUAGAAGAAAGAUUCAACCGCCACUCUGUCUGUGGAACGGAGCAGGUGCCAUCUUGUUGUUUGCCUCAAGCAGCAAGAUGACUUGGGUUGGCCCUGAGUAAAGAAGCCCCACUGGGUAGGGGGCUAUAUAGAACUCUUCUUGAGAGUGAAGACAUCUGGUGACCAGAGCCAACUGGGGCAAAGUGGGCGACUUCCAAAUUCCAUGGGGCUCACUUUUGGAGGAGGUGCAUAGGAGAAGCUUAGCUUAGCAUCUCCUCGGGUGUUCCACUGAGAACCUUCCGAUAUCCACCUGCUGCCUACACCAUUGCCCCAGCUGCGCAAGGGAAGAACGUAAACAAGUGAAAAUAAGAAAAUAGUAUACUUGGCUGUGCACACACCAUACAUACAUUUAAAGACUCCUGGGAGCUAAAGUUUACCUUUUACAGAGCCACUGUUCCCAGCACUCCUAACAAACCACAGGAUUCGUUGCAGGGGGGCGGGCGGGCAAUGCAUUAAGUAUGCUUUAAAUGUACGGUGUGUGUAUGACGCUGAAAUAGACUCAGAGUUGAGAGUGGAUUUCAUGCUCUUUAUUCAGCUCAGAGUGGUGAGGAGGAAUGGAAGUUCCCACAGAAUGUCUGCUUUAUAUACAUUAUUUACACAAUGGGCCCUAAGUGAUUGGCUAAUUCCAGGAUUCUCCUGCAGGCCAAUCAGGUUGCGGUUUUGCUUCCACCUGGAGCUGGAUUGGGUGGCUCCUGUGGACCAAUCAGACUGCUGCAUUCUGGGUCCUAUUGUUCUAGGACCAAUCAGACUGCUGCAUUCUGAAUCCUAUUGUUCUCGGUACAUAACAGAAGCCCUAGUCAAUUCUGGAUGAUGUAACGUGCUAUUACAAUGCUUCUCACUCCCUCAGAAGAUGGUAGGCUCUCCUUCCUCAGAGGUUUUUAAGCAGAGGUUGGAUGGCCAUCUGUCAUGGAUGCUUUAGCUGAGAUUUCUGCAUUGCCGGGGGUUGGACUAGAUGGGUUGGAUGGGUCCCGUGCAAUUCUACGAUUCUAUGAUUAGACACAAGGGAGUAGCAACGUUUUGUUCCUCUAAGAAAAAACCCCCCAAAACCUUGGACUGUUCCUUUUAAUGACGCCUACACCACCCUCCAUUCCCCACCCCCUCAGACUACACAUCAUUUCCUCUGGUUACAUGCUGCAUCAACCCUUCCGUGUGGUAAGGAAAUAUUGCAUAAUGCAUUAGUAGAAUUAAUCGCCAUCGCCUAUAGGCACAGAGGAAUCUUGUGGGUCAGUGGUUCUAGGUGCGUGUGGAUGUCUAUAAAUCAAAUGGAAACCAGGAAAUGUCUUUUAGAAUGAAAACCACACUAGCUAACACUUUAGAGCAAGAAAGCACACAAUUAAUCUCAACUGUAAAUAGCACAGAGCUGUGCUGAUUAUCCAUCUUUUUCACCGCGUGAUCAUGCCUGAGAUGUGGCUAUGUGAGGGAACCUUUUCGGAUGACAGAUGGUGUGUUACUUCCCUUAAGAGCAGCAGAAUGGAUGUGACAGACAAGAUCUGAUUCCAAGAAACGCAAGCCACUGGGAAAUUUUCUGCACAUGUCCCACUGAAGUUCUACAAAUAAUUUCUCCCCCCCUCUCCCCCCCCACAACAAUUGCACAUAUAAAACAAUCACACAUAAAACAAUUAAAAAGAAUGAAAAGGAAUUCCAAAUAUAAAAACAGUUUCAAAGCCAAUAGCCAAUUCAGAUACCCAGGGUUGACGCAAAGCAUUUUGCUGCCUGAGGCGAAGAAUGUUUCCCUGGCACAUACAGAAGCCAACUGGACUGGUAGUUGAAUCUUACUCCAAUACUUGUGUAAGGAUAGCAUCCUUCACAGCACUUGAGGGCUAGAGUACUGGGCCGGCCACAUGGCACUCACAGUUUGGCCCCUCCCUGCACCUUGGCAUGUGCCACCUGAGGCAACUGCCUCAUCAUAGGGCCGGCCCUGCAGAUACCAAUUGGGGUAACAAUCUCUACUUCAAAGGCUUGUUGAAAGAGGAACGUCUUCACCAAGCAUCUAAGAGGCAAUAGAAGUUAAGGCUUGUCUGCUAUAUAAAGGGAAGCACUUUCCCCUCCAGACUCUCCAUGCCCGGAAGCUACCAUGCCUUUGUUUUUCUGCCAUUUGGCCACCCAGGGCAUGUCACAUGGCACAAGGGGCAGAGAACCCUCUCCAAACUCCCAUGUCCCUGCUGGCAGAACUUGGUCUGGACUGGAAGGAGGGAGAGACUAAGCGGGCAAGUGAAAUGGUGAGCAGCAAGGGAGUGGCUGCAGAAAGCGGGAUAUCAAAUAAUAAUAAUAAUAAUAAUAAUAAUAAUAAUAAUUUAUUUAUCUCCCGCCCUCCCCAGCCAAAGCCGGGCUCAGAGCGGCUAACAACAUCCAAACUCUUCUUCUUCUCCUCCUUCUCUUUCUUCUCAGGGAGGUCAAAUAUGUUCUUGCUCUCACGCUACACACCCCUGGUUCAUUGUGGGCUACAGGGAAGCCCAACAGCUUGAGAUGGUGACAAUAAUUAAAUAAAAUGUUACCUUUUUAAUGAUGUGAUAAUCUUUUAAUUUUUUUGUGCCGCACGUAUCCAAUUUCUGUGAUGAGAAAAGUAGGGUCCUGGUGCCUGUAUCAGUUACGUAAACUGGGCAAAUGUGCAUAGUUUUUCUUGUGUCGCAGAAUCUAUUCUGCUAUGUUCACUCUUUUGUGUUAUUUAUUCUGGCUUUGCUAUAGAGAAGAACAAAAAGUCAUGCAAGAUACCGAAGCCUCCAGCAACCUUUUAGGGUUCUGAGAUUUUAGCCAGCGCUGCCCACACACUUUCCAACAUUUCUUUGCAUCCCUAAGCGCUUUAUGUGGGGCUACCUUUGAAGGUGACCCGGAAACUACUACUAAUCCAGAAUGCGGCAGCUAGACUGGUGACUGGGGGCAGCUGCCAAGAUCACCUAACACUGGUCUUGAAAGACCUAGAUUGGUUCCGAGUACAUUUCCGAGCGCAAUUCAAAGUCUUGGUGCUGACCUUUAAAGCCCUAAACGGCCUCAGCCCAGUAUACCCGAAGGAGCGUCUCCACCCCCAUCAUUCUGCCCGGACACUGAAGUCCGGCGCCGAGGGCCUUCUGGUGGUUCCCUUGCUGUGAGAAGCCAAGUUACAGGGAACCAGGCAGAGGGCCUUCUCGGUAGUGGCGUCCAUCCUGUGGAACGCCCUCCCAACAGAUGUCAAAGAGAAAAACAACUCUCAGACUUUUAGAAGACAUCUGAAGGCAGCCCUGUUUAGGGAAGCUUUUAAUGUUUGACAGACUAUUGUAUUUUAAUACUUGUUUGGAAGCCGCCCAGAGUGGCUGGGGAAACCCAGCCAGAUAAAUCCCCACCAAUGGAUCAUCUGAGAUUCUUUGCACCCAGCAGUACAUUUCUGUACCUGUUCCUCACUCCCACAGAAUUGCAGCACUUACAAAUCCCUGAUCACGGUUACCUGCUGCUCAGAGAAGUUGCUUCACAAGUGCCUCUGCUGCGCACAGCUGCCUGCAGACAAAAGGAACCAGCAAAACUCAUUUUUGUCUUAUUCAUUUCCACAGGUCACAAACCUACCGUUGAAAAGCCAGCUGCUCAUCUGACACUAGGUAAGAAAACUCUCUAAGUGAAUUACAAUUAUACCAUUUGCCAAGCUUUUCCAAGAGGCUGAGUGCUGUGGGCGCGAUCCAGCACCAGUUGACUGGAGGGGUGCAGGGUGUAAAGGUUUAGAGUAGCUAACCUUGCAGCCAGGCCACCUGGAGCCUAUAGUCAGGCUUGUGAGGUAUAUAAGAUGGAUAUAUAAGAUGGUGGAUCAGAACCAUAUAAGGUGGAUAUAUAAGAUGGUGGAUCAGAACCAAUGGCCAGCAGGGCAGUGGGAGAGUAGACACUGGCUUUGGGCAAGCGGGGCAGAUUAGGGAUCCUGUUGAUGUACUGCCCACCUCGCUGCCCAGCAGUCUUCCUGCCCGAGCUGGCAGACGUGGCAUUGAGAUUCUCCUGGAGAUUUCCGUGUCAAUGCCAUUGAUCCUGAUUCCAAGGCAGCUCAGGACUUCAUGGCCUGCAAGGCAGCCAGGAGAAGGGAACCUGGGCUGUAUCAUGGUCCUACUCUUUCUUAAACCUUGGCCCCCCAGCUAGAAGGUAUCCAGGAAGGCGGGGUGGAUGAGUAUUCAAACCAUAAUUUUUAGGUUUGAUUUAGGGGUGGAUGAGACUGCCUCUUUCAGUUUCUCUCGGUUUUGCAUUUGUCUAGUCUUACAUUUGGUCUGCCCCAUAGCAGAAAAUUUAUGCAAUUUUAAAAUAAAUGUCCCCAUGUGAAUUUGUUACAUCCUCAUGUGCAUUUCUCUUCAUGUAUGCAUUUUUCCAUGAAAUUUUGUCUAGUAUAUGCAUUUUUGCAAGUAACACGCACCCUGCUCCCUGGAGAAUGCACUGUUGUAUAUUAUUUUCAACAAUAUGUGCAUUCUUGUGUGCCCUAUUCACAAAUAUAUGCAUCUUGUGUUUACUCUGGAGAGCUGCAUUGCAAAAUCUGGGUAAAUUUUGAAGGAGAGCUGUGUUUGCUUCACUUCUUUGCUUGGAAAGUGUGGACUUGACAGGUUUGCAUUAAAACAUGAACCAAAUGAAGUUCUCCCCCAGGCCUAGUUUGAUCUCAUUAUCAUUUCACUGUUGAAAGGGACAGGAUCUGUUUGUUUACCCUGACCUCCACCACAAAUGAAGAUACAGGGGGUUGUGUUUUGCAGGUUCCUCUGUCACUGUGGCUCCGAAUGGAUCUCUGCAGUGGGAACCCACAAAUGGCUUGGCCUUCCUACAGGACAUGAACUACAGUGGUGGUUCCCUGAUUUGCAGCAAGCCUGGACACUAUUACAUCUAUUCCAAGCUCUACUUGGGGCAUUCAAACUGCCCAGACAUGCAGCAGAACAGCCAGUUUCUCACUCAUUCCGUUUACAAGAGGACUUCUCAGUAUCCUGAUCACAUGGUGCUGUUAACCAACAGCAUUCCUUACUGCAACUGGAAGAACAGCAAAGAUUGGAGGCAUAAUAGCUUCCUCGCUGGAAUGGUGCAGCUGGAGGAGAAGGAUGAGGUGUUCAUCAAGGUGUCUCAGCAGCAGUUGGUGUGGGUCAAGGAUGAUUCAAGAUCAUAUUUUGGAGCCUUCAUGAUCUGA